AUGACGUGUUCGCUUCGAGCGGUCGACGUCGGAGCUGCGGCGGCCGUGAAACGGAACCGGCUGGACGGGUUGAAUAUCUCUGACACGGCCUUCAACGUUGUCCGCCGGCACUCCGGCAAGCACUCCGUCUCUCUCUCGCUCGAACCCCCUUUCUCCAACUCUCGGUCUCUCUCUCUACGUCACAGCCUCCCUCUGAAUGUUCGCGCCGCUUCUAUCUCUACAAUUCGGGUAGCCGACCGUUUGAGGGGAGUGUCAUCCGCACCAACAGGUAAUCCAGUGAUCACGAGCCAGGAUGGCGAGAAAGAUGAGGCCUCAAGAAAGAGCAGAAGCAGUUCUCAAGUUUCAGAAGAAUUCUAUGAACACCAUUCUCCAGAAACUCCCAAUUUCAAUAAUCAUUCUACUUUCAUUUCUCCUCAGUUGAAUCAAUUUUUUGACUCCUGCCUCCCUAAUACAACAAAAGGCUGUCAGAGGGUUCUACUUUACAGUUCCAUGAAACAUGGCAUAUCACUUAGGACACUUGUUCGCAACAGUGCUAAACUUUCUGGUCCUGCUUUGCUGAUUGUUGGAGAUACAAAAGGAGCAGUGUUUGGUGGGCUGGUAGAUUGUCCCUUGCAACCUACUUUCAAGAGAAAAUAUCAAGGGACAAAUCAAACUUUUGUAUUUACAACUGUAUAUGGUCAACCAAGGCUUUUUCGACCUACUGGUGUGAACAGGUAUUAUUACUUAUGUUUGAAUGAUUUGGUUGCAUUUGGUGGUGGUGGAAGUUCUGCUUUAUGCUUAGAUGAAGAUUUGUUAACUGGAACCAGUGGACCAUGUGAUACAUUUGGAAACAUGUGUUUGGCUCAUACAUCAGAAUUUGAAUUGAAGAACGUUGAGUUGUGGGGUUUCAGAUAUACUUCUCCUUACCUUAGUCAACAUUAAGAUGAGCACAAUGAAGUCCUUAAGCAGUGAGAUAUUAAAAAG